AUGAAAACGAGGGCGGUCCGAGGCCUGAGCCCUGUACUCAGCCACACUGAGGGCAGUGAGUGCCGCUGCCGCCCUGGCUUCCGCCUGAAGGACGACGGCCGGACGUGCGCUGACGUGGACGAGUGCAGCACCACCUUCCCCUGCAGCCAGCGCUGCAUCAACACCCAUGGCAGCUACAAGUGUCUGUGCGUGGAGGGCUACGCCCCCCGCGGCGGAGACCCACAUAGCUGCAAAGCUGUGACUGACGAGGAGCCGUUUCUGAUCUUCGCCAACCGACCCGCCCUCCUCGCCCCAGACCCGCCCUCCUCGCCCCACUGCCUCCCAGACCCGCCCUCCUUGCCCCACUGCCUCCCAGACCCGCCGCUACGCCCCUCACCCAGUACAGCCCCCCAGUCUCCGCGCUCGGGCCCAUGGCCACCCCCCACCGACUUCUCCCGCCGUCCCCUUCCCGACUCCUCGGUCACCCCUCUGCUCACCCCCCAAACCAAGGGCCUGAACAACGCUGUCGCCUUGGACUUUGACUACCGAGAGCAAAUGAUUUACUGGACAGACGUGACAACCCAGGGCAGCAUGAUCCGAAGGAUGCACCUUAACGGGAGCAACGUACAGGUGCUGCACAGGACGGGCCUCAGCAAUCCCGACGGGCUGGCUGUGGAUUGGGUCGGCGGCAACCUGUACUGGUGUGACAAAGGCCGGGACACCAUCGAAGUGUCCAAGCUCAACGGGGCCUAUCGCACGGUGUUGGUCAGCUCUGGCCUCCGUGAGCCCAGGGCUCUGGUGGUGGACGUGCAGAAUGGGUACCUGUACUGGACAGACUGGGGGGACCACUCACUGAUCGGCCGGAUCGGCAUGGAUGGGUCUGGCCGCAGUGUCAUCGUGGACACCAAGAUCACGUGGCCCAACGGCCUGACGCUGGACUACGUCACCGAGCGCAUCUACUGGGCCGACGCCCGUGAGGACUACAUUGAGUUUGCCAGCCUGGAUGGCUCCAAUCGUCACGUCGUGCUGAGCCAGGACAUACCGCACAUCUUCGCCCUGACCCUGUUCGAGGACUACGUCUACUGGACCGACUGGGAGACAAAGUCCAUCAACAGAGCCCACAAGACCACGGGCACCAACAAGACACUUCUCAUUAGCACGCUGCACCGGCCCAUGGACCUGCACGUCUUCCAUGCCCUGCGCCAGCCGGACGUGCCCAACCACCCCUGCAAGGUCAACAAUGGCGGCUGCAGCAACCUUUGCCUGCUGUCCCCCGGGGGCGGCCACAAGUGUGCCUGUCCCACCAACUUCUACCUGGGCGGUGACGGGCGCAACUGUGUGUCCAACUGCACAGCCAGCCAGUUUGUGUGCAAGAACGACAAGUGCAUCCCCUUCUGGUGGAAGUGUGACACGGAGGACGACUGCGGGGACCACUCGGACGAGCCCCCGGACUGUCCCGAGUUCAAGUGCCGCCCAGGACAGUUCCAGUGCUCGACGGGCAUCUGCACGAACCCUGCCUUCAUCUGUGACGGGGACAACGACUGCCAGGACAACAGUGACGAGGCCAACUGCGACAUCCACGUCUGCUUGCCCAGUCAGUUCAAGUGCACCAACACCAACCGCUGUAUUCCCGGCAUCUUCCGUUGCAACGGGCAGGACAACUGCGGAGACGGGGAGGACGAGAGGGACUGCCCCGAGGUGACCUGUGCCCCCAACCAGUUCCAGUGCUCCAUCACCAAGCGCUGUAUCCCCCGAGUCUGGGUCUGUGACCGGGACAACGACUGUGUGGACGGCAGUGACGAGCCCGCCAACUGCACCCAGAUGACCUGUGGAGUGGAUGAAUUCCGCUGCAAGGACUCGGGCCGCUGUAUCCCGGCACGCUGGAAGUGUGAUGGAGAGGACGACUGCGGGGACGGCUCGGAUGAGCCCAAAGAAGAGUGUGACGAGCGUACCUGUGAGCCCUACCAGUUCCGCUGCAAGAACAACCGCUGUGUGCCGGGCCGUUGGCAGUGCGAUUACGACAAUGACUGUGGCGACAACUCCGAUGAGGAGAGCUGCACCCCUCGGCCCUGCUCUGAGAGUGAGUUCUCCUGUGCCAAUGGCCGAUGCAUCGCUGGGCGCUGGAAAUGUGAUGGGGAUCAUGACUGUGCAGAUGGCUCAGACGAGAAAGACUGUACCCCCCGCUGUGACAUGGACCAGUUCCAGUGCAAGAGUGGUCACUGCAUCCCCCUGCGCUGGCGCUGUGAUGCAGACGCUGACUGCAUGGACGGCAGUGACGAGGAAGCCUGCGGCACUGGCGUGCGGACCUGCCCCCUGGACGAGUUCCAGUGCAACAACACUCUGUGCAAGCCGCUAGCAUGGAAGUGCGACGGCGAGGACGACUGCGGGGACAACUCGGACGAGAACCCAGAGGAGUGCGCCAGGUUCGUGUGCCCUCCAAACCGGCCCUUCCGUUGCAAGAACGACCGCGUCUGCCUGUGGAUCGGGCGCCAGUGCGACGGCACGGACAACUGCGGGGAUGGGACUGAUGAGGAGGACUGCGAGCCGCCCACAGCCCAGACCCCCCACUGCAAAGACAAGAAGGAGUUUCUGUGCCGGAACCAGCACUGCCUCUCCUCCUCGCUGCGCUGCAACAUGUUCGAUGACUGCGGGGAUGGCUCUGACGAGGAGGGCUGCAGCAUCGACCCCAAGCUGACCAGCUGCGCCGCCAACGCCAGCAUCUGCGGGGAUGAGGCACGCUGCGUGCGCACCGAGAAAGCCGCGUACUGUGCCUGCCGCUCUGGCUUCCACACGGUGCCAGGCCAGCCUGGAUGCCAGGACAUCAACGAAUGCCUGCGCUUCGGCACCUGCUCACAGCUCUGCAACAACACCAAGGGCGGCCACCUGUGCAGCUGCGCACGCAACUUCAUGAAGACGCACAACACCUGCAAGGCGGAAGGCUCUGAGUAUCAGGUCCUGUACAUUGCUGAUGACAAUGAGAUCCGAAGCCUGUUCCCCAGUCACCCCCAUUCGGCUUAUGAGCAGGCCUUCCAGGGUGACGAGAGUGUCCGCAUCGAUGCCAUGGAUGUCCAUGUCAAGGCUGGCCGCGUCUACUGGACCAAUUGGCACACGGGCACCAUCUCCUACCGCAGCCUGCCACCUGCUGCGCCUCCCACCACUUCCAAUCGCCACCGGCGACAGAUUGACCGGGGUGUCACCCACCUUAAUAUUUCAGGGCUCAAGAUGCCAAGGGGCAUCGCCAUCGACUGGGUUGCCGGGAACGUGUAUUGGACCGACUCGGGCCGAGAUGUGAUUGAAGUGGCACAGAUGAAGGGCGAGAACCGCAAGACGCUCAUCUCCGGCAUGAUUGACGAGCCCCAUGCCAUUGUGGUGGACCCGCUGAGGGGCACCAUGUACUGGUCAGACUGGGGGAACCACCCCAAGAUUGAAACAGCAGCCAUGGAUGGGACCCUUCGGGAGACACUGGUACAGGACAACAUCCAAUGGCCCACAGGCCUGGCCGUGGAUUACCACAAUGAACGUCUGUACUGGGCGGAUGCCAAGCUCUCAGUCAUCGGCAGCAUCCGGCUCAACGGCACUGACCCCAUCGUGGCUGCUGACAGCAAACGAGGCCUAAGCCACCCCUUCAGCAUCGAUGUCUUUGAGGAUUACAUCUAUGGCGUCACCUACAUCAAUAAUCGUGUCUUCAAGAUCCAUAAGUUUGGACAUAGCCCAUUGAUCAACCUGACGGGGGGCCUGAGCCACGCCUCGGAUGUGGUCCUGUACCACCAGCACAAGCAGCCUGAAGUGACCAACCCUUGUGACCGCAAGAAGUGCGAGUGGCUCUGCCUGCUGAGCCCCAGUGGGCCUGUCUGCACCUGUCCCAACGGGAAGCGACUAGACAAUGGCACCUGUGUGGCUGUGCCCUCGCCAACGCCCCCGCCGGACGCUCCUCGGCCCGGAACCUGUAACCUGCAGUGCUUCAAUGGUGGCAGCUGCUUCCUCAAUGCACGGAGACAGCCCAAGUGCCGCUGCCAGCCCCGCUACACGGGCGACAAGUGUGAGCUGGACCAGUGCUGGGAGCACUGUCGCAAUGGGGGCACCUGUGCUGCCUCCCCCUCCGGCAUGCCCACGUGCCGGUGCCCCACAGGCUUCACGGGCCCCAAAUGCACCCAGCAGGUGUGUGCGGGGUACUGUGCCAACAACAGCACCUGCACCGUCAACCAGGGCAACCAGCCCCAGUGCCGAUGCCUGCCUGGCUUCCUGGGCGACCGCUGCCAGUACCGGCAGUGCUCUGGCUACUGUGAGAACUUUGGCACGUGCCAGAUGGCUGCUGACGGCUCCCGGCAGUGCCGCUGCACCGCCUACUUCGAGGGGCCCAGGUGUGAGGUGAACAAGUGUAGCCGCUGUCUCGACGGGGCCUGCGUGGUCAACAAGCAGAGCGGGGAUGUCACCUGCAACUGCUCUGAUGGCCGGGUGGCCCCCAGCUGUCUGACCUGCGUUGGCCACUGCAGCAAUGGCGGUUCCUGCACCAUGAACAGCAAAAUGAUGCCCGAGUGCCAGUGCCCACCCCACAUGGCGGGACCCCGGUGUGAGGAGCACGUGGUCGGCCAAGAGCAGCCUGGACAUAUGGCCUCCAUCCUAAUCCCUUUGCUCUUGCUGCUGCUGCUGCUUCUGGUAGCGGGAGUGGUGUUCUGGUACAAGCGGCGAGUCCGAGGGGCUAAGGGCUUCCAGCAUCAGCGGAUGACCAACGGGGCCAUGAACGUGGAGAUUGGGAACCCCACGUAUAAGAUGUACGAAGGCGGGGAGCCUGAUGAUGUAGGGGGCCUACUGGAUGCCGACUUCGCCCUGGACCCUGACAAGCCCACCAACUUCACCAACCCCGUGUACGCCACACUCUAUAUGGGUGGUCAUGGCAGCCGCCACUCCUUGGCCAGCACGGAUGAGAAGCGAGAACUCCUGGGCCGGGGCCCUGAGGACGAGAUAGGGGACCCCUUGGCAUAGGGUCCUGCACCAUCGGACUUCUGCAGAGAGCCUCCUGCCCCCUGCCAGAGAAGUCCUUCAAGGAGCCCCCAUCCUACCCCGCCAACCCCUCCCCAGCCCUGCUGGGAUGUAUAAAUGUAAAAAUGAAGGAAUUACUUUUUAUAUGUGA